AUGCUUCAAGUGCUCGAGAACCACGCCUGGCUGGCGGCUGGUUCUGUACUGGACAGCUCACCUGCAGGGCUUUCCGCCAUCCAGAAUGUUCUGGCAGGUGGGGCACAACUGGUGUUCAUCCCCGUCCUGCAGCUGCUUCUCGGAAGGCUGCUUGAGCCCCGGGCCCCCAGCAUCCUGACGCCGGGGUGCUGUGUGCCGUCCCCAGACUCCCCAGGCCUCUCCGGGAGGGCGGAGGACGCGGAGGCCCAGCAGCAGCAGCUUUACCGGCAGAGCCGCGCCUACGUAGCCAUGAAUCAGCGUCUGCAGCGGGCGGGCGACGGGCUGAAGCAGAAGCGUGAGGACCUGUGGCGGGCCGGCGAGGGGCUGGAGCGGGAAGUCCGCCUGCUGAAGCAGGGGGCGCCCCCAGGGGCCGUGGCCGCCUCCUUGGGCUGACUGGCCCACCAGCUCGCCUUAGCGCGCACCCCGGCAGGGCGCCCCGCGGCUCACCGGCACCUUUGGUCCCCCCCCCCCCCCCCCCCGAGACACCUGACCCGGCACGCCUCAGACGCGGGCCCCUGGGUCGCAUGGCCCGGGCUCGCCCCCGGGGCCCGGAGACCCCGGGGCCCACAGCCUGCGUGGGGGGUGACAGACA